CCCAGGGCAACCAUGGAAAUCAACGUACCUUCCCGCUUUCGCCACCCCAAAUCCCAACCGACCGACCGAUUCCUCGGCGUUUACCCCCACUCGCCGCUCCCCAACAACCCUUCCCACUCUUCCUCCGUCGCGGAAGAGCUCAAUGAAGAUGAUAUCUUCUUAUCCGGUGACUUCUCCGACAAUUCCACUGGCUCAAACUCCGUCGGAGGCCUCCCGAAUUCCCACCAGCAGAAAACAUCUCCUUCCUCCACUCCCAUUAACCAUAAAUCAUUCCAUCACUCCGAGAACUUCGGAAUCCUCGCUGCCAUCCGUGACCCAUCGCGCCCCCAAUCCCAUUUCUACCAGAAACCCUCGAUUUCCUCAUCGGCAUCGUCUUCCUCCUCGGUGACUUCAGCAGCUUCAUCUGCUCGUUCAAUUCCUUCGAUUCCUAAACCGCCGCAAGAACGAAUCCCGGUCGUUUCAUCUUCAUAUUUUUCUUCAGGAAGGUUUCAUCAAUCGGCGCCUGUUAACGUGCCGAUGUUAACGAAACCGAUGAGGAAAAAACAAGAUUUUGACUAUGAUUACGACAUGGAGCUGGAGGAAGAAGGGGAAAUGUUGCCACCGCAUGAGAUUGUGGCCAGGAGCUUAGCCCAGUCCCCUGUGUUGGCUUGUUCAGUGCUCGAAGGCUUAGGGAGAACCCUAAAAGGAAGGGAUCUAAGGCAGGUAAGGAAUGCUGUUUGGAGACAAACUGGUUUCCUUGAUUAAUUGAGGAAGGAAAUUGUGUUUUGUUUUGUUUUUCUUUUUCUUUAAAUAUUCAUUUCGGGGUUUGAUUAUUGAAUGUUGGAUAUGGAAAAGUAUAAAUAUUCGAUUAAUUUAAUCAAAGUCUAAAUUCUUUUAUUAUGUAA